AUGGAACCACACAACCACUCGAGCCUGGCUGAGUUCGUGCUCCUCGGUUUCCCCAGAGUGGGCCACAUCAAGGGCUGGCUCUUUGCCCUGCUGCUGCUGGCAUACUUGUUCACUAUCUGCGGCAACAUGCUCAUCUUCCUGGUCAUACGACUGGACGCAGCCCUCCACACACCCAUGUACCACCUGGUCAGCGCACUGUCCUUCCUGGAGCUCUGGUACACGGCCACCACCAUCCCCAAGAUGCUGACCAACCUUCUCAGCGAGAAGAAGACCAUUUCUUUUGCAGGAUGCCUGCUUCAGACCUACUUCUUCCACUCCUUAGGGGCCUCUGAAUGCUACCUUCUUACAGCCAUGGCCUAUGACCGAUACCUGGCCAUUUGCCGGCCCCUCCACUACCCUUCAAUUAUGACCCCAACACUCUGUGGCAAGAUGGCUGCCGCCUGUUGGACUUGUGGCUUCCUGUGUCCCAUUUCGGAAGUCAUCCUGGUCUCCCAGCUCCCGUUCUGUGGCUAUAAUGAAAUUCAGCACAUCUUCUGUGACUUUCCACCUCUCCUGAGCCUGGCCUGCAAGGACACGUCCACUAAUGUCCUUGUGGACUUUGCCAUCAAUGCAUUCAUCAUCCUUGUCACCUUCCUCUUUAUUAUGGUUUCUUAUGGAAGAAUCAUUGGUGCUGUACUGAAGAUAAAAACAGCAGCUGGGAGAACGAAGGCCUUCUCCACAUGUGCCUCGCAUCUCACUGUGGUUCUCGUCUUUUUUGGCAGCAUCAUUUUCAUGUAUGUGCGCCUAAGGAAAAGCUAUUCUCUGACCCUUGACCGGACACUUGCCGUCGUCUACUCUGUACUGACACCACUGGUCAACCCAAUCAUCUACAGUCUUCGUAACAAGGAACUCAUCAAGGCCAUCAAGAGGACCAUCUUCCAGAAAGGGGGGAGAGCUAGUCCUACUCACCACUGACUCGCUACCGAGGUCCUUCCUCCACUUCAAUGUUGGCCUCAUAAACGUUCUACGUGCC